AUGAUGUUCCCCGGCCUCCUCGCGCCCCCCACCGGGUACCCCAGCCUCCUGCGCCCCACGCCCACCUUAACGCUGCCCCAGUCCCUGCAGUCGGCAUUUUCCGGCCACUCCGGCUUCCUGGUGGAAGAUCUGAUCCGCAUCAGCCGGCCUCCAGCUUAUCUGCCCCGCAGCGUGCCCACCGCCAGCAUGUCGCCGCCUAGGCAAGGGGCCCCAGCAGGGGCUCUCACAGACACUGGGGCCUCAGAGCUAGGCUCCCCGGGCUCGGGCAGCCGAAGGGGAGGCUCCCCUCAGACGGCAGUCUCCCCUGCAAGCGAGCCCACGUUUCUGAAGUUUGGGGUAAACGCCAUUCUCUCUUCUGCGCCCAGAACUGAAACACCCCCUGCCUUGCUCCAGAGUGUCCCUCCCAAGACCUUCGCCUUUCCCUACUUUGAAAGCUCCUUCCAGCCUUUCAUCAGAUCUUCUUAUUUCCCAGCGUCCUCCAGCGUGGUUCCCAUCCCCGGUACCUUCUCCUGGCCUUUGGCGGCCCGCGGCAAGCCUCGCCGGGGCAUGCUCCGUAGAGCGGUGUUCUCCGACGUGCAGCGCAAGGCUCUGGAGAAGAUGUUCCAGAAACAAAAGUACAUCAGCAAGCCCGACCGCAAGAAGCUGGCGGCCAAACUGGGCUUGAAAGACUCACAGGUGAAAAUCUGGUUCCAGAACAGACGCAUGAAGUGGAGGAAUUCCAAGGAGCGCGAGCUCCUGUCCAGUGGGGGCUGCCGCGAGCAGACCCUUCCCACCAAACUCAACCCGCACCCGGACCUGAGCGACGUGGGCCAGAAAGGCCCGGCGGACGACGAGGAGGAAGAUGAGGGCCGGGGUAGCCCCCGCCACCACCUGGCUUAUCACGCCUGCUCGGACCCUCGACACCUUCGGGACUCGAGGCUUCAAGGGCCGCUGCCCACCUCGCCGGCGCAUUCGAGUAGCCCAGGCAAACCUUCGGACUUCUCGGACUCGGAAGAGGACGAGGAGGGCGAGGAAGAGGAGAUCACCGUGUCCUAG